CACCCUCCCACUCCGAGUCCGACAACUCAGACCACAUACCUGCAGUCGUAACUCCACACCUAGGUGAGAGCAGCGAGGUUGUUUUACAGAGAGCACCGAGCCCUCAGCGCUGGGGACAGAAUACACUGACGACACCAAGUGUUGGCCGCAAGCUGUACCGCCGGGGUAGGAUAUGAGCGCGGCGAAGCACGGCGCACUCCGGGCCGCUUUGGUGUGAGGACACGGGACCUCCGAGGUGGACGAUGUGAGGAGAAGAUAGAGCCGCCUGCACAAGCACCGGGAUCAUGGAGAUUGAAAGCAUGGUGGCGAACAACGCUCUUAUCCGAGCCAGAGAGAGUGGAGGAGGAAAGGGGAAGAGUGGAAAAUGGAAAGAGCUGCUCAAGUUUUCACAUAUAAGCCAGUGUAUGGAUCUGAUCGUGAGCGUAGAACGAGACUACCACAGUUUAUGUGAAAAGCAGCCCAUUGGCAAAAUGCUCUUCUACCUUUUCUGCCGAAGUUCACCUGCACUACAGAACUACAUUUCCCUUCUGGAUGCAUUGGAAAACUUUGAGAGCAAAUCGGACCAGGAGAGGCGUGAUGUUGGUGUGGCACUCAUUCGGAGAUUCCUGUGGAGUCAGUCCCCUCAGUGCAUCGAUGCCGUGGCGAAGCAUGAAAAGAGCUGCAUCCAGGCGCUGGUAGACGACCCCGCCAGCGACAUCUUCAAGGAGUGUCGGAAAGACCUCCACAAGCAGCUGAGUGGGGGUCCAUUCCUCCAGUACCAGGAGAGCAUGUUCUUUGACCGCUUCCUGCAGUGGAAGAAGUUGGAGAGGCAGACGAUAACCAAGCGCACCUUCAGGCAGUACAGACAGCUGGGGAAGGGCGGCUUCGGAGAGGUGUGGGCAUGCCAGGUGCGUGCCACGGGGAAGAUGUACGCCUGCAAGAAGCUGCAGAAGACCCAAGUGAAGAAGAGGAGAGGAGAGACCAUGGCCCUCAAUGAGAAACAGAUCCUGGAGAAGGUCAACAGCAGAUUUGUGGUGAGCCUGGCCUACGCCUACGAGACCAAGAACACUCUGUGCAUGGUGCUGACCAUCAUGAACGGAGGGGACCUCCGCUUCCACAUCUACAACAUCGGCCCCGCGGGCCUGCGGAAGGAGCGGGUGCAGUUCUAUGCCGCGGAGGUCUGCUGCGGCCUCCGUCACCUGCACCAGAAGGGCAUCGUCUACAGGGACCUGAAACCAGAAAAUAUUCUCUUGGAUGACAAUGGACACAUUCGCAUCUCAGACCUGGGACUGGCCGUCGAGCUGAGAGAAGGAAGUCUCGUGCGAGGGAGAGUGGGUACCAUGGGUUACAUGGCUCCAGAGGUGAUUGACGACCAGUAUUAUGGGAUGAGCCCUGACUGGUGGGGGCUAGGGUGCUUGGUAUACGAGAUGACCGCCGGGCGGCCACCAUUUCGGGAACGAGGAGAUAACGCCAAGAAGGAGGAGAUGGAGAGACGCAUUCGGGCGGGGCAAAUCGAAUAUUCUCCCAAAUCCUUCAACACCCAGACCAUAGAUCUGUGUCGCUCGCUCCUGACCAGAGACCCUGAACAGAGGCUGGGCUGCCAGCCGUCAGGAGCAGCAGAUGUGCAGUCACAUGCCUUCUUCAACAACGUCAACUUCAGGAUGUUGGAGGCCGGGCUCGUGGUGCCGCCAUUUAAACCCGAUCCCAAACUGGUGUACUGCAGCGACGUGCAGGACAUCGACGAGUUCUCCACCGUCAAAGGGGUCAGCCUGGACCACGCCGACGACCACUUCUACAGCAAGUUCAACACGGGCAGCGUCUGCGUCAACUGGCAGAACGAGAUGAUCGAGACGGGGUGCUUCCUGGAGCUGAACCUGUUUGGCCCCCGGGGGUCCCGGUCCCCCGACUGGACUGGUCCCACAUCCCCGUCCCCGAGAGCCAGAGCAAACGGCACCUACGGGAGCGCUUCUGCCGCAAACAGAGCCCAAACCCCUCAAAAGGUCUCUGCACGCCAGAAAGCUACGAGGAGGGCAUGCCCAUCCUGAUCUCCCGCACUCCCAUAUUGGAGCGAAACUAGUCAGCUCUGCCCUCUAGUGGUCACUGAAAUCACGGCAGGCUGACCCGUAAGGGACGCAUGACUGCUCGACCGGAAGAGACAUUUGAACCUUUCCAUUGCAGACCCGUAUGCCGAUAUGGGUCAUGUUUGUGUAGCUCCACUGCCAAAAGCGACAACGACCACGGUGGACUCACGGCGUUGCAGGACUUCGGACUAGAGCUUUCACCAAAUGGCACUCUUUUAUCUUAUAGGGUGAAGCAAGAAAUGGUUUAUAUAAUGUACCGGAGUGUGUUUUUGUAAAAGAUUGUUUUUUAAAGCAGAUAAAUCAUUAAAAUGUAUGACUUUAUGACAACCAAUACUUACCAUCAGAUGGCCCGUUUAUGGUUUUCUCAGUUCACUUGUAUAAGGAAUCCAAGAACUCACAUAUAUAAACUUUAUUUAACCCAGGAAUAUAACAAAACAA